UAAAAAGUAAGCCAAUAAAAUUGAUUAAACAGCUAGCUUUCUCAUAACAUUGCCAUUUUCGACUCUCCUUCUUCCUUGGAGACAUUCUUAUUCAUUUUCCUCUGCCAUUUCAAACAAUUAUCGCGAAAAAUGGCGUUUUCUGAUAGAAAAUCUUUGAUCCCUAGUUAUCUUUACAGUACAACAUCAGCUAAUUCUUCAAAGAAUCUCAGUAGUGCAUUUGACAAUCAUGACAAUAUGGAUAAGAAGAAUUUAUUGAUUGCAGCACCAAAGGAAGGUUCAGGUUAUAAGGUAGAAAUGUACUCACCGGCGUUUUACGCAGCAAGCACGAUAGGCGGUAUUUUGAGCUGUGGUCUUACACACACGGCUGUUACUCCUCUUGAUCUUGUCAAGUGCAACAUGCAGAUUGAUCCUGCAAAGUUCAAGAGUAUUUCCUCUGGUUUCGGAAUUUUACUCAAGGAACAAGGAAUUAGAGGAUUAUUUAGGGGUUGGGCACCUACUUUACUUGGUUACAGUGCACAAGGGGCAUGCAAAUAUGGAUUCUAUGAAUAUUUCAAGAAGUACUACUCAGAUCUUGCUGGCGCGGAAAAUGCUGUCAAGUACAAGACUUUGAUUUACCUUGCUGGUUCUGCUUCUGCUGAAGUUAUUGCUGAUGUUGCUCUAUGUCCAUUUGAGGCUGUCAAAGUUCGUGUUCAAACUCAGCCUGGAUUUGCUAGAGGCUUGUCUGAUGGACUUCCCAAAUUUGUCAAGGCUGAAGGAGCUGCAGGGCUUUACAAGGGGAUUGUACCUCUAUGGGGACGACAAAUUCCAUACACCAUGAUGAAGUUUGCAUCAUUUGAAACCAUAGUGGAACAACUCUACAAACAUGCCAUUCCAACACCAAAAGACCAAUGCAGCAAUACUACACAGCUUGGUGUGAGCUUUGCUGGUGGAUAUUUGGCUGGUAUUCUUUGUGCUGUUGUGUCACACCCUGCUGAUAACCUAGUUUCUUUCCUCAACAAUGCCAAGGGGGCAACUGUUGGCGAUGCUGUGAAUAAGCUAGGAGUAUGGGGUCUCUGUACUCGUGGUCUUCCCCUUCGUAUAUUCAUGAUUGGAACACUUACUGGAGCUCAAUGGGGAAUCUAUGAUUCUUUCAAAGUUUUUGUUGGCCUGCCAACCACCGGUGGUGCUGCUCCUCCGGCCCAGAAGUGAAGAACACAUUAACGAUUGCACGUAAGAGAUAAAAGGGAACUGGAAAUUCUUUCAAUUCAAAGUUUUGACGGUUUGAUAUAUAUGGUAGUAUUAGUUUUAGAGGACGUAUCAUCCUCGGCAUUAUUUGGUUUCAAGUAUUACUUUUAAGGUAAAUUCGCGUUUUCUGGAUUUACAAUAAUAUGUCAAAUUCAUAAUGAGAGCAUGUUGCUUCUCCACUUUAUGGUUCUCAUGUUAUGAGAUACUCAAUUCAAUAUAAAA